CGCUGGGCAAGAUGCAAAUUUUAUAAUUUGGCGUAGUUUGAGUAACUUCAUCAUUAAUGCUGAAUUGGGAAACUAGUUUUGCAUCGAAUUGGACCAUUUUUGCCGAAGACGCAAUCAUCAUGGGACAAUCUGAUAUUUCAGAGUUGAAAUAUUUUCAAUACAACUCGAAUGUGUCGCAAAUUUGGAGUUUGUAAGAAGUCGUACGGAUAAUAUCAACGGGGCUCGCAGAAUCAAAAGCGAAUUUUUCUUCAAUUCUACAAUUUGCAAGUAAUCUUCUUGGGUUAAGAACUCACCAUAAAGGAAAGAAACGGUAAAAGGCGAAGGAUUGAGGAUUGUCUCUUUGUGUUGCUUACGGUGGGAAAGCAUGGAUUUUUUUACUCUUCACUUUCGUUGGUGAAUUUAUGCACUUCAUUCAGUGAAUCAGUCCGCGUGUUGUCGAAGCAAUGGAGAUGGAAGGCUCUCCCUCGAAAUUAACAAAGGCAAAGACAACUCCAGUUAUAAAGUCUGUAAGCACUUUGAAUGAAGAGUUGAUGUCAAGAAGAAGAGGUGAAAUUAUGCCUGUAACGAGUGCGCAGUUAAGUCCACAGGGAGCGGUUACCAAGGCGAGUUGUAGUGGUGAAUUGUUAAUCAAUGGUCAGUCUCGUUCAUCAACAGCAAGGACGGUUGUGCGCCCUCCACUCAUAGAUGAAAGUCUUAUCGCUGAUGAUAAUGAAGGACUUCCCCUGAUCUCUGCUGUGUAUUCAUUGGCAGCGAAUGGUGAUCAAGAUGGCGGUGAGGCCUCCGCUAUCCAGGGAAUGUCAGUGAGAGGAUCCAAAUUAGACUCUUCAAAGAAGAGCUCGCCGCAGAUUAUUAAGACACAGAGGGUCGUGUCUCCAACGCCAAGUUCUCCCUCUAGAAAUCGUCUCAGCGAUGCAACUGAAGUUAAACAAGUGUCAAAAUUCAAAACAAUUAACGAGUCUACGGAAUUGAACGAAAGAAAAACAAGUCCACGUUCUCUGGAUGAUGGUGAAAGAAUACAUCCUUCUAUAGCCAAUUCUGUUACUAAAACUCAUUCAUCGGCAAACGUCAUGCAGCUUGUAAAGCUAGUUGACAGUGUCCAUAAGCAAGUGUCUCCUUCACGUCAGUCGUUGACUUCCGCAUCUGCGAAUGGCCAAUCAGCAUCCGUGUCACCAACUAGUUUAACGAGCUCUUCUCUGGUUAAACCGGUAACGCAGCCAAGACAGAUUGCGAUGAAACCACCACCAACAUCAACUUCUAUAGUGUUGAACCUUAAACCAGGUGAAGCGUUACCCAAGGCAAUCAACGUCCUUGGUCCAGACGGGAAAACUGUUGUCGUGCUAUCGUUAACCGGCGAUGGGGGGAAACCUUUUUCGUCACAAGUAUCACAAAGUGGCGGAAGGAUUGUAAUUCCAUUACCGGCAAAUGUAUCUCCGAAACAGGGUACAGUUGUGAACAAGGUUGUCGGUGCAUCUAGCGGGAAAGUCCCCAUUGCGCCUCAUCCUGGGAGAGCAACUGUGUUGUCACCCAAAUCGGGAAACUCUUCACCUUUGCCUCCAUCGGCCUCGGACUCUUCAUUGUUGCAAAAAACACCCAUUACUCGCACUGAAAAUGGUGCAACGAGGACGUCUCCCUCCAACGACAUUUUAAACUUGUCUGAAACGCGGCCACCUGUCAUAGUUGAAAGUCAAAAUCCAGAGAGUGUAUCUCAAGGAGACAGUAAAGGAUUAUCCGCAACUAAAGAGUCUAACCCGGCAGCGGUGGCUUCGCCCGAGGCAACGCCAACGCCAUCGACUUCGACAGGAGAAAAGCAAGAAGGGCUCAGUCCUCAUGAAGCAAGAAUCCACAGACUUAAAGAACUCAUUAAAGCGCAAGAGGAAGCUGUUAAUAAACUUCGGGAGAAAAGGCGUUUAGAAAUUGAACGAAUCAGGAACGAUUCAACUUCAUCACCUGAAAACGAGAAUGAUACGUUUAAACCUGAAAGACCACCUUUAGUGGAACAGAAAAGUUCGUCGAGUCCUUUCGCUGUGCCACUUCCGCCUAAGAAAAGAAUCAGAGAGCAAGAUACUGGCGUUAAGACCAAACUGCCGAAGUCAACGGAAUCUUCGGGGAAUGAAGGAGCCUUUAUUCCGAACGGCGAUGAUAAAUCUUUCGUUCAAUUAGUUGGUCUGGAAAACGUGGUCAAUAACAUAAAAUAGUAAAAUUUUUUUGACACCGUGAUCGGCCAACCCUGGUUUACUUAUUGACCCGUUCCUGGUGAAAAAUUCAGUUUAAUAACUGGGGAAAAAAGCUAAAAUGACCUCCACACUGACGCUAUUUGGCGUACUCACACUACUCUCUGCAAUAAGUUUGGCUUUAUUGAAAUUUUUAUAGGGAGCUAAAAAAUAAAUGGUUCGUUUAAUCGCCUUGAAAUUUUAAUUUGGGCUUUUUAGAGCUCCAAAGUUGCGUUCCACAUUCUCGCAUUAUAAAAGUCAGUUUCCAAAGUUGCAAAAAUCAGUAGCUUUGGUAAUAAAAUGAUUUAAUGGAAA